AUGUCCGCAUCAUUGCUUCGAUCUUCUGAUCUUCAGCCAACGAUCUUCAGCAGAUGUCAUUUCCCUAUGCAUCUCACAGCUUCCACACGAAAUCUACCAUUCGAAAUCGUUGAACACGAGUACCUCGAUCCAUCUUCACUCGGUGCUGCUGCUGCUGGUUCUUCAACGGUGUCUUCCUUCCGGUCCUUCACAAAUGUGGCAAUUUCGAGUAUCACAAUAGCACAGGAGUACAUUAACGGAUUGUUGGCAGCCGCCUCUGUUUCAGUCCGCACCGCCUACUCUGAAAUAAAGACACUGACAAGUCAACCAAGUUUCUAUUAUAUUCCAAAACGACAGAGAUAUUUGAUGGUGAAUAAAAUAGUGACUGAUAUGAGUGCAACUGGUCAAACGGAGAUGAUGUCAUUGAAUAAGAAGGCGAAGGCAUACUGUCGGACUGCAAAUGUGGACACUCCACCGUAUUCAUUGGGCAAUUUAUUCGGAAAUAUGUUGGCGAAUGGGGCUGUUUUGUCGAAAUAA